ACCACCACCGAACACGACCUCAACGCCCGGCAUCGCCCACGACGUCGACGAACGCACGACUCCGACGGCAUUUGACGCACCCUACCCAACGACAAACACUCAUCAAGCCCGCUACCCCACUCGAGCCCUACCCAAAGCAUCAUGGAUCCCGACGCGUCUGGAGGCUGGCGUUUCGCCCAAUGUUUCGGUGACAAGGGCGACGUCGAGGACAUCACAGAAGCCGACAUCAUAUCCACCGUCGAGUUCGACUCUACGGGAAACUAUCUUGCAACAGGUGACAAGGGAGGUCGUGUAGUUCUUUUUGAGCGGAACGAGCAGAAAAAGGCAUGCGAGUACAAGUUCUACACCGAGUUCCAGUCCCACGAACCAGAGUUCGACUACCUCAAGUCGCUCGAAAUCGAGGAGAAGAUCAAUAAGAUCAGAUGGUGCAAGCGGCAGAACCAGGCUCACUUUCUUCUAUCGACAAACGAUAAAACCAUCAAACUCUGGAAGGUCUUCGAGAAAUCGCUCCGGGUGGUCUCAGAGUCAAAUCUGACAGACGGACAGCGGGCGGUGCCACCACCAUCAUUGAAGAAUCAGCUCAGGCUACCUCGCAUGAACGUUCAAGACAACAUCAUCGCCGCCGUACCCCGCAAAGUCUACUCCAACGCACAUGCCUACCACAUCCAUUCCAUCGCCGUCAAUUCCGACCAGGAGACAUUCAUUUCUGCCGACGAUCUCAGGAUAAACCUCUGGAACCUGAACAUCAGUGAUCGGAGCUUCAACAUCGUGGACAUCAAGCCUGUGAACAUGGAGGAGCUAACGGAGGUUAUCACCGCCGCCGAAUUCCACCCACAGCAGUGCAAUCUCUUCAUGUAUUCGAGUUCAAAAUCGAACAUCAAACUUGCCGACAUGCGUGACUCUGCAUUGUGCGAUCGACACGCGAAACUGUUCGAGGAGGAGGAGGACCCCGCCAAUCGGUCAUUCUUCUCUGAGAUCAUCUCAUCCAUCUCGGACGUCAAGUUCAGUCGUGACGGACGGUACAUCCUCUCGAGGGACUACCUCAAUCUCAAGAUCUGGGACAUCAACAUGGAGUCGCGACCCGUAAAGACCAUCCCGAUCCACGAUCAUCUGAGGGGCAAGCUAUGCGAUUUGUAUGAGAACGACUGUAUCUUCGAUAAGUUCGAGUGUACGUGGAGUGGUGACGAUCGACAUGUGCUCACGGGAUCGUAUCACAACUACCUGCGGAUAUUCGACGUCGACACGCUCAACGACGUGGUGCUGCAGGCGGACAAAUCCGCGUUCAAGGCGAAGAAGAUCGGUGGUCCUCUGGCGCCGAACAGCAAGAUCGGAGCAAAGAAUGGCAUGAAGAGUGGGUUGAGAGACGCCAUGCAGCUGGAGACAUUGGACUUCAACAAGAAGAUCCUGCAUGCGAGCUGGCAUCCGAAAGAGAACACGAUCGCGAUCGCGGCAACGAACAAUUUAUUCUUGUACACCGCCGCAUAAUCGGAUCACCCUUGAACCCCUUCCUUCCUGCCCCUUUUCCCUUCCCUACUUACGCCACACACCAGCCUCUCGACGUCAUCCCCCACAGCCGCAUCUAGUCCACCAUCCACUGCCACCCCACAGCAUUGCGCUUUCUCUGUCUUCUCUUUCAUCGUCGAUAUAUCUGUUCAUUCGUUUCAUUCAAGGCACUGUACUUCACGCAACCACAAUCACUGGCCUGCUCCAUCCGCUCUUAUAUAUAUAUUACCCCCUUUGUCUCUGUCUUGACCUCUCCUACCUUCACCCUCCUCUGUCGGUCACUGUCAUUGUCAUUGGUUUCUGUUCGAGUGCUGCGGGGCGGCAUGGCAUGGGAAGAUGUGUGUGCAAGUGGGUUGGGCGUAUGCGUAUGGGGGGCGGGUGGGUUGGACGAUAGGAUAGGAUAAUAAGGCAGAAGAGAAGACAAGGCAGGAGGUCACGGACAAGAGAUUGAACGGAAAAAGCUUUGUAUGAUAAGGACGGGUCUGGAGUAGAAAUGGGACUUGUGCGAUUCUUGUUAGGCGUGUGUUUAGAUGGAUUGGAUGGGUGACGAAAGGGUUUCGGGCCAGCGGACUUACACUUCCCACUGCGGUGCUCCCCACUCCUACUUUCACCUUUCCUUGUUGUUUCAUUUGGUUCUCUUCCUUCUGUCCCUUAUUCUUGUCAGCGCCACUGUUCUCGCCGUAUCUGUUCUACUUCUAUCAAUUUCUAUACAUCCCGCCUUCCGUCCCACCCUCUCUUCGGCUUUCCUAAACCCCUUAGAUACCAAUCGGUCUUUCCUCCCUCUCUUCCCUGCCUACGACCUUUCCAUUCCUGCCAUCCCUUUUUCGUCCUCUUCCUCUUGCACUUGUCAUUCCAUCACAGCCCCCCAGUCAACGACCCCUACUAUGUCCUUCGAUUCACGGCGCUCUACUCGCCCAUGCCCAUGCCCAUGCCCAUGCCGUCCCACUUCC